GUCCUAAUCUUAUUUUUAAAACAAUAACUUCAGCAAUAUCAUGUCAUUUCUGUUCUGAGCACGCUGCAUAGAAAUAAUGUUGUUUGUUUGUCGUUUACUUCCUUGUAUACCAAGUCCCCACCCAAGCCACAAAGUCUGGUUAAGCUUUGUGCUAUUAAAAGCCUUAUCAUGCAAGCAAGAUCAGAAACACUGCAGACAUAACAAGAAAAUAUGCAUUGCUUUCCUUUACAUAUUGAGAAUGAGAAAGCAAUGCUUAGCAGGGCUUUUUAAACGUUUACUGAUAUACUGGACAAAGUUUCACUAGUAUCACUUUAGACCAAAAUCACUUCCUGUAAAAAAAAAUAAAAAAUAGGAAUGAUAUGAAACAUGUCAGCUGUAGCCAGUGCUUGAUGAUUCCUCUUGCAUUACAGAGCAAAGUUGGUGUUUUUUUAAAUGUUUAAGUCCAAUUCAAACUAAUAAACACGCUCACUUGGCAAACUUGAUGGGUUAAUCUACUGGAUCCAUACUGCCCUCUAUGUCGGACAUGCAGGAGUGAAUAGUGAAUGAAGCUUGGCCCAGCACUCACAUAAAUGUCAUUCCUGCUGAAAUACAAUUAGAUAGAAACUCUGACCUCCGACACAGCUGCUUGUACCAGUAAACACAGGAACUGUAAUGUUAAUGCAGAGUUGGACUGACUAGUAAUUGGGGCCAAGGAUUGCUAUUAGAUGUAAGUAGCAUUUUGUAGUGGUCCUGAACAUUUAGGCCGCUUUCUGUGACAUAGUAAAAACAGGCAAUGCUAUAUGCUAAAAAUAUUUUUUGUUUAACUUUUUGUUUUAAUAUUUUAUAGCUGAUCUGUGUACAUCAGGCCAGCUUAUGACCGUUUCUUCUGCUUCUAUUUAGACUGAAACCUCACCCGCUCUCGGUUAUUUAUUUUUUUCUGUGCUUCCUUGUGAAGGCAGAGCUUGAUAUAUGAGAAUAGGAAACAGACGUCGUUCCUCUCCCCACAGCGAUGGUUGGGGGUCGACUUUGUUAUCGUAGCUACUUCAUACACAGCAUUAUGCUGCUUCUCUGGGUCUGCCUCCAUUAUGUGGAGACUUCCAGUGGAAAACAUGUUAUUUAUAAAAAAGUUGGAGAUACUGUGGAGCUUUCAUCAGGCUUACCAACUGAAGGGGUGACUGCGGCAACAUGGAAAUAUGGAGAAAUAAUAAUUGCAGACAAAGUCAUUGAAAACAAUAUGGGUGUUUCUAAAAGAUCUCCAUUUAAGGACAGAUCAGAGCUAAACCUGGAAAACUUUACUUUAACAGUGAGGAAAUUGACUCUUCAAGAUUCUGGUGAUUUCAUUUUUGUCUCAGCAACAAAAGAAAAACAGAGGGAUUUAGUCAUCAUCACUCUGCAAGUUCAUGAGGCCAUAACUAAACAGCCUGUCAUAAAAAUCAGUUCUACCUGGAUUUCCUCAAAUGAAUCAUGUAAAGUUCUGCUGGAGUGCAGCACAACUGGUGAUGUCAGCUACAAGUGGACUGUAGGAAAACAAACACUAACUGGUCCCAGGCAACAAUACAUCAUCAGGGAGCAGGAUGGAGAGACCAAUUUCACCUGCACAGUUUCCAAUCAUGUCAGUGAGAAGUCUGCAUUUCAAACAGUGAAGUGCAGCAACAGUGAACAACAAGAACCAGAAAAACACGUGUUCCUUUUCCUGGGUGUAGCUGGUGGCUGUUUGAUACUUGUCAUUAUAUUCAGUGCAGCUGUGGGUGUUUGUCUCUGCAAUAAAAGACAUGCAGAUCUGUGUUGCAACAGGCUCACACAGUCUGAAACUAUCAACCAGGAGGAAAGUCAGCAACAUGUGUACUCGGCUCUUUCCCACGGUGAUCGUUGUGUUUAUGAGACAAUGAGAGGCCGUGAAGAUGCUGGACCAGAAAUUGAAGCCAAACCUACUCACAGAAAGCAAACAGCAAAACCAGCAGGGCAUAGAAGAUGAUGAAUCACAGCGAUCUGAUCUAAAGGAGCCACGUUCAGCUGGAAAGGAAGGAGAAGGAAGAGAUUUAGCCAUGUUAGACAGGGAUUCAAACAUCACCGGGAAACUGUUAUUUGUUUUGUUUUGUUUUUAAUUUUUUUUUUUUUUAAAAAGGAUUUUGUGACAUGUGAUGUUUAAACACUUUUCACAUCUGUAUUUGAAACAACAAAUAGUGUAAAAUAAUGACUUCUUGCUAUUAGUCCAGUAGCACUUUAUUUAAUAAAUACAUUAAUUGACUGAUUAAGCACAGCACAGAGGAGUGUUAUUUCAACUUAUCUGAAGCCAGUUACCACAGUACUGGAUCUGAAGUGCAGAAUUUCUGUACUUUUCUUUGAGACUUGAUAAUUCAUUGACACUGAUGCUAUUUAAUCAUGUUAUCUGAGAAUGUAAAAUGAACCAGGAGACACCCACAAGAAGAUAAAUGAAAUGCAUUCAGCUGUACAAACAACAUGAUGCCAAACUUUGCAGAACCAAAGUUUAGGUACUCAUGUAUUUGUUUAUGCAUUAAUAUUAACAAUACAUAAACCUUAAGCAAAACUGAUACCAAGAAAAAAGAAAUGUGUGCAGGGUUUUGUUCAGAAACAUUUUAAAACCAUCACUUGAAUCCAAGAUGGCUGUUAGGAAACAAUUACUAACUUGAACUGGUUCAGAAGAAAAAAUGUGGUCAUUUUAAAGAUGAAUAAAAGAAGGUGAAAUACCUGUCAUAGUAAAUGUAGUUGCAUUUUCCCAGAAAGAGACAAAAAAUAUGAUUACCAUGAAUGUGUUCAACAGGAAAACCCAGAAAUAUACUGACAUGAGAAAGGACAGUCAAACCACCAGGGGGCAAUGUGGGACCUGCUUGGUGGAAGUUUCAAUAGUCCAGGCACGCUUUAGCCUCUUGAAAAGUUGAAAAAGAAGGAAUAAAUAAAAUUAAAAUUUAAUAAAAAAAAAAUAAAAAAAAUAAGAACAUAAAAUGAAACGAUUACAGUUUGUCACUUUAUUCUGAAUCCUGCAUCGGGUCCUUACCCCAUUUUAUACAUUUACUCUUCAAUAUAACCCAUCCCUCUAACAGGCAGGCAGACUCCUCCCUCUGAUGAUAUGCUGCUUAUGUGUCUUUUGGUAUCAUGGACACAGCCUCUGUGCCUCAGGUAUAUUUAUGCUGUUGUUGUGAACCACUUCCUCUAUCUGUUAGUGAUGCAUGCUGUGGGCAGUCUCUUGUUCCUCCUGAUCGCCAUUUGUCUUCUGGUGUGUCUGUAGUUAGUAGAACAAAUUAAGAAAAAGCGCAAUAGGAUUAUUAAAAUGAUUAAUAAUUAAAG